CCGAGACGAGCCGUGAAAGAGGAGGAGCUGAAAAGCGACCCGAUCGACGCAGACACUUUCCUAUUUGAAAAAAUAAAAGAGUCAAACCUGCUCGACACGAUGUCCCACACGGUGACGGCUGGAGUGGUUUACAAUGCCAUGGCGUCUGAGCACGGUGCCAGCACGUGGAGGUGCAAGCAGGUGGCCCAGUGGCUGCAGGAGCAUGGAUUUGAUAACUUAGUGGAGCUGCUUUGCACUCGGCACCGCCUGGAUGGACCUAGUCUCCUCGCUCUGACUGAGGAAGACCUGCGGGGGCCUCCUCUGGGACUCACUGUGCUUGGAGACAUCAAGAGGCUGGCCAUAUCCCUCCGCCAGCUCCAAAGACAGAACCAAGCCCAGCUGGAAGAGCUUGGUCUCCAGUCUGGAGGCAGUCUUGCUGCUCGGCUCCCAUUGGCUCCCACUGUGGCAACCGAGGGGAGCUGGGACAUAUCUGACAGGCGCUACAAUGAGGGAGAUUGUCCCGGGAACGGCACUGAGCUGCGACUGAGGAAUGGCGGUCGAUUUGAAAAUGGCUCUGAUGGGAAACUGAUAUGUCACACUCACUCCAACGGGAGGUGUCGCCAGCACUUGGCUGGACGACUGGACCCAGAAGUCUGGAAAACUGUCUUAAGCGUCGUAUACGUCUUUCUAGUCUUUGGCUUAACAUCUUUUGUCAUGGUUAUUGUACAUGAGCGCGUCCCAGACAUGAGGACGUAUCCACCGCUUCCUGAUAUCUUCUUGGAUAGUGUUCCCAGAAUUCCUUGGGCUUUUGCAAUGGCUGAGGCGUGUGGCCUCAUCCUGUGCUAUAUGCUUGUACUGAUCUUGCUCCUUCAUAAGCACAGGUCUAUUCUCUUGAGACGAUUGUGUUCUCUGAUUGGGACUGUAUUUUUGCUUCGUUGCUGCACCAUGUUUGUCACCUCCCUCUCAGUGCCCGGCCAGCACCUCAAGUGCGCCAGUAAGACAUACGGUGAUUCAUGGGAAAAAAUACAGAGGACGCUAACAAUCUGGGUCGGAUUCGGGAUGACACUGACCGGUGUCCAAACGUGCGGUGACUACAUGUUCAGCGGGCACACGGUCGUCAUUACGAUGCUCAACUUUUUUGUGACGGAAUACACUCCAAGGGGCUGGAAUAUGAUUCACACCAUAUCCUGGGUGUUGAACCUCUUUGGGAUCUUCUUCAUCCUGGCGGCACACGAGCACUACUCCAUUGACGUGUUCAUCGCCUUCUACAUCACCACGCGCCUCUUCCUCUACUACCACACCUUGGCCAACACACGUGCCUACCAGCAGAGCCGCAGAGCGCGCAUCUGGUUCCCUAUGUUCUCCUUCUUUGAGUGCAACGUGAACGGACCCGUCCCCAACCAGUACCACUGGCCCUUCAGUAAACCUGCCUUCAUGAAAACGCUGAUAGGAAUAAGGCGGCCUGGAGGAGUUGUGCCACAACAUGGAUGUACAGUAUCUUUCAAAUGAGUAUGUUAUUCACAUUUCAGCGACUCUUUUUAUUAUACCAUAGUUGUCAGAUGUGGCCGGCCACGUUGUAUUGUAUGUCCCGUAAAAGCCUGGAAAUAAUAUGCGUCCCUAAAAUACGUUGUCUUUCCUUACUAAAUGUAUUUGUUUUUUGCAUUUUAACAGAAAAAAAAAAGAAAUGAAAAUUGAAUACCUUUUUUAAACUUAAUAUCCAAUAUUGCAACAAAUAGUAUAUUCUUCCCAUACUUACUUCAUACUUUCCAAACUUUUUUUUUUUGUCAAAAUAAGAAUGAAUACUUAAAUAUCUGCUCGAUUUAUGAUUUUCCAUCAAAUCGUACACUGUAGAAAUGACAAUAGAUUUUACGGUAAAAUUUAGGAUGAUUUUUACAGCAUAUUUCUGUAAUCUGUAAAAACUCUACCACAUUUUUUGUUUUUGUUUUAAAGGUAAAAUUCUGUUCAGUUUUUUACCGUUAAAAACUAAGGUUGUUGAUUUUACUGUGUAUGACUGAUGCAAAAAUGGUACCACAUUUUUUACGAUAAAAAGCUCGCAGGUUAGUGUUUUUUUUUUUCAUUUACCGCAUCAUGUUGUAAAACAGUUUAUUUUCCAGUUAAUUUCUGGUGACUGAGUUGACAGUUUUUUACUGUAAAAUGUACAGAUUAUUCCAGUGUGCAUAAAAUAUACAAAACCAGUGAAGUUCGCAGGUUGUGUAAAUCGUAAAUAAAAACAGAAUACAAUGAUUUGCAAAUCCUUUUCAAUCUACAGCAUAUUCAAUUGAAUAGACUGCAAAGAAAAGAUACUUUAGUUUUCGAACUGGAAUGCACAACAUUUUUUUGCAACUAUUAGCUCGUUUGGAAUUUGAUGCCUGCAAUAUGAUUUUUAAAAAUAGCUGGCACAAUUGGCGAAAAAGACUGAGAAAAUUUAGGAAUGCUCAUCAAACACUUAUUUGAAACAUUCCACAGGUGAACAGGCUAAUUGGGAAUGGGUGAGUGCCAUGAUUGGAUAUAAAAGCAGCUUCCAUGAAAUACUCAUUCAUUCACAAACAAGGAUGGAGCGAAGGUCACCACUUUGUGAACAAAUGCGUAAGAAAAUUGUCAAACAGUUUAAGAACAACAUUUCUCAACAAGCUAUUGCAAGGAAUUUAGGGAUUUCCCAAUCUACAGUCCGUAAUAUCAAAAGUUUCGGAGAAUCUGGAAAAACUACUGCAUGUAAGCGACCUUUGAUCCCUCAGGCGGUACCGCAUCAAAAACUGACAUCAGUGUGUAAGGGAUAUCACCACAUGGGUUCAUGAACACUUAAAAAAAAAACACUGUCAAUAACUGCAGUUGGUCGCUACAUCAGUAAGUGCAAAUUAAAACUCUACUAUGCAAAGCGAAAGCCAUUUAUCAACAAUACCCAGAAAUGCCGCCGGCUUUGCAGGGCCCAAGCUCAUCUAAGAUGGACUGAUCCGAAGUGGAAAAGUGUUCUGUGGUCUGACGAGUCCACAUUUCAAAUUGUUUUGGCAACUGUGGAUGUUGUGUCCUCCGGCCCAAAGAGGAAAAGAACCAUCCGGAUUCAUGAGUGCAAAGUUCAAAAGCCAGCAUCUGGGAUGGUAUGGGGGUGUAUUAGUGCCCAAGGCAUGGGUAACUUACACAUCUGUGAAGGCACCAUUAAUGCUGGAAGGUACAUACAGGUUUUGGAGUAACAUAUUUUGCCAUCCAAGCAACGUUAUCAUGGACGCCCCUGCUUAUUUAAGCAAGACAAUGCCAGACCAUGUGUUACAACCGCGUGGCUUCAUAGUAAAAGAGUACGGAUACAGGUCCCUGCCUGUAGUCCACACCUGUCUGCCAUUGAAAAUGUGUGGCGAAAUAUGAAGCCUAAAAUACCACAACAGCCGAAGGUUGUACAUCAAGCAAGAAUGGGUAAAUAUUCCACCUGAAAAUCUUCACUAAUUGGUUUCCUCAGUUCCCAAAGGUUUACGGAGUGUUGUUAAAAGGAAAGGCCAUGUAACACAGUGGUAAAAAUGCCUUUGGGCCAACUUUUUUGCAAUGUGUUGCUGCCAUUAAAUUAUAAAUUAAUGAUUGUUUGCCAAAAAAAUAUAGUUUCUCCGUUCAAACAUGAAAUAUCUUGUCUUAGCAGUCUAUUCAAUUGAAUACAAGUUGAAAAGGAUUUGCAAAUCAUUGUAUUCUGUUUUUAUUUACGAUUUACACUAUGUGCCAACUUCACUGCUUUCGGGUUUUGUAAAUAGAUCUGAUUGGAAAUAGGAAACAGGUGCACCGGCCACAAACUUAGAGAGAAGGUGCAGCAAAGCCAGUUGUUCAACAGAAAGUAGAACCAAAAUAAGAGCAUCAGGACAGGAAAUGAUACAGACCACAGGAAAUUAACUGACAGUCCAAACUCAUGUGCGAUCAAGACAUCUUUUUUAGCUCAUUUCUCCCAUAACCGUUUUCAUUACUUCUUGCAAAUUUCCCCGGAGCGGAGUGCAGACGUGUCAUCUGCAAGCAGUAUUAACUUUAGGUCUUCAGGGGUUUUACGGUUGUUGUUUGGUUGAAUAGAUUCCGUCCCAGAAAUUGAUCCCUGGAGGGCACCACAAGAUGCAUCCAAACACUCCGAUGUGCAAUAUAGCCUCAGGUAUUGCUGCUUCCUGUUGGUUUACACCUCCGAGAUGCCAAGGCCCAUGUUGAGGAAGGUGGAAAAACAAAAGAAGGCAGGGUUAGAUAACAAUGGCGUUCCCACUCAAUUUAGAACACUUUGAUCACAAUUUGGCCUUGCUCACUGUGAGGUGUCCUCGCUUGUGUGCUAGCUAUUAAGUUACAGUGGAUAGUAAAUCCAAACUACUAUACACUGACUACGCUAUAGUAUUCCAAGGUCCAUGUCAAUGGCAUUGUCCCUUGAAAGGAUACAAUAGAGUAAAUGCCGUCGCUCAACUUCUCACUCUGAUGGAGACUGUUGAGGCGUAGAACGUAGCUCAACAUUCGAUUCCUCACAAUUUAUAAGAAUGGAUCCGCCAACAAUAGCCCACUAUUGUGGUCUGGGUCGCCAUGACAAUGACUGCAAAAGACUCUGCUCUGCCUAUACUAUAAGCUCAUCCAAAAUAUUUGUCAUCCAAAAGUAGUGAAGUGAAGUGAAGUGAAUUACAUUUAUAUAGUGCUUUUUCUCUAGUGACUCAAAGCGCUUUACAGAGUGAAACCCAAUAUCUAAGUUACAUUCAAACCAGUGUGGGUGGCACUGGGAGCAGGUGGGUCAAGUGUUUUGCCCAAGGACACAACGGCAGUGACUAGGUUGGCAGAAGCGGGAAUUGAACCUGCAACCCUCAAGUUGCUGGCACGGCCGCUCUACCAACCGAGCUAAACCGCCCCAAUUGCUACAUUAAUGAUGCUGUAUAGACCAGGGGGUGUCAGAUAUAUUGUCACUGUUAUUGCUGCCAUCAGAGGGGCAGCUUGUAAAAGUGAAUAUAUGACUUUGCCUAUGCAUUUAAUUAUUGUAUAAAUCUGUAUGCAUAUUGUAAUACAGAAUAUGUAUAUUUUACAGUAGAAAACUCAGUACCCAGAAAUUUACUGUAAGAUACACAGUUUUUGUUUUUGUUUUUUACAAAUAGACAUAAAAAAGCUUGAGGCUUAGUUGCCAGAAAUUAAAUGUAAAAUGUACCAUGGUUUUUACAACAUAUCUCUGUGCCACUUUUUUGUAUUGUUAUUUUGGCAACUGAGCUGACAGUAUUUUAUCCUAAAAAAAAUAUAUUGUACUGUUUUUUUUUUUUUUUACUUCCAGUACACCGUAAACAAAAAAAAACAGCUUUUUGUUUUUCGGCUAAGGGGACAAGACGAUUGAUCCGUGUUAAGGAAAGAAUGAAUGGGGCCAUGUAUCGUGAGAUUUUGAGCCAAAACCUCUUUCCAUCAGUGAGAGAUAUAAAUGGUUGACCAAAUACUUAUUUUCCACCAUAAUUUACAAAUAAAUUCUUUAAAAUUCCUACAAUGUGAAUUCCUGGAUUUUUUUUCCACAUUCUGUCUCUCACAGUUGAAGUGUACCUAUGAUGACAAUUACAGACCUCUGUCAUCAUUUUAAGUGGGAGAACAUGCACAAUCGGUGUCUGACUAAAUACUUUAUAUACACACAGCCCGGCCAAAUUGUUUUAACCUAAUGCGGCCCCCAAGUCCAAAAUUUUGGGGAUCCCUGUAUUAAAGUUUAAAAGGUAUUCAAUUUCAGUAUUUUUUUUCUUGUCAAUCUUGAAAAUAUUUUAUUGACGCGAAUUUCCAGGCUUUCACGGGCCAUAUAAAAUGAUGUGGUGAGCCUUGAAUUUGGCACCUGUGCUGUCAAAUGGUCUUAACCUUCUCUUCACUUUGUACAAUGUACUCUUCUUACAAAGUGAAAUCAAGUGUAACAUUGCAAGAGAGGGUGUCAGACAGCAGCUCCAAAUGCUUGGAGCGCGCAUCGGGGACUCACCGACCGGCGAAUAAAACCACCCAUCGCCCGUCACUGGUGAGAGACUUUGAUAUGUGUGUCAACAAAUGUAUAAAAAUAUGCACGCAGAUGUACCGUGUUUACUCUUCUGGGCUUCCCCCCCCAACUGUCGGCGUGCCGGCUGGGACCGGUUAUCCCCACAUCAUUCCUUCAUCUCGAAGAGCUGAGGAUCAAAGAUUUGAAAAAAAAAAAAAAAACUCUCCAAAAGGUGUGUUGCCUUGACAACCAUCAUUAGGCGUGAUACGGCAGCAGGGUCGCUGCUUAUGUGCCAAGAUUUGAAGCUUGAUUUCUACUGGGAGAGGGACACAGCGGAUAAAUGAGAUCGUUAUAAACAGAGUUUACACUACAUACGGUCCAGUAGUUCGAGAGAUGACAAUAAAGUGUGCUCCAUA